AUGGGUGAUUCACAACAGGAUACCAAAAAAAAGAUAGCUUAUGAGCAGUGGACCAAGAAAGAGAGCGAUUUAUUGUUAGAACUCAUGGUUGAUGCUGCGGCUCAGGGAUGGCGUGACAAUAGUGGUGUUUUCGGCAAAACAACAGUGAAAGAGAGAAUACUACCCGUUCUUAAUUUAAAACUUGGAUGUCAUAAGACCUACAACAAUUACCAAAGCCGGUUGAAAUGGUUUAAAGGUUGCUGGUUAUCUUAUUCAACCCUUAUGCGGUUCAGCUCUGGCUUUAGAUAUGACUAUACUACUAAAAGGUUCACUGCUCCAGAUGAAGUAUGGGAUGAGUACCUAAAGGCUCACCCAAAAGAUGCCAACUUACGCUAUGGGGUGACUCUUGAUUAUGAGGAUUUGGAAAUCGUUGUUGGGAAUGGUGUUGUUGUUGGAAAAAACUCAAUUGGGUUGGGUAGUGCUACUGAUGCAAGGACAUUAGGAGAUGAUGAAGGUAGAGAUGUACGCAUAGAGAACCUUGAUUAUAAUGUUGAGAAUGAGGUGUUUGUAGCACCAACUCAAAAUGAUCCAUCAUUUCACUCUACAUCCCCUUUAAGGUUCCCUGAAGUUUAUGAGGUUCCCAAUCAAAGAAGAACCCGAUCCAAGAGAAGUAGAAAUGAGUAUGAAGGAAGUUCUAGCUCAACUGGAAAUACCCCUCAAAGUGGCAUUAGGGAACAACUUGAUAAACUAACGACCACUUUUGAAGGAGUUUAUAGCCUAUUAGAGAAAAGAGAAAGCUUAUUAGAGAAAAGAGAAAGGGAUAGAGCAUAUACAAUUUGGGAUGCUAUCGAGGAGAUCCCAAAUUUGGAUGAAGACAUUCGUUUUAAGGCUUUUGACUUGCUUGACACUAAAUCAAAAAGGGAUGGUUUCUUAAAGAUGGCUCCUGAAGUACGAGCAAAUUGGAUAUUCCACAAGAUGCGAGGGCAAUAG